CUUUCUUCACUAUCUUUGAAUUAUUUACUGCAACCAAAGAGCAAUGGCUAAAUCAAUUGUGUCACUUCCCAUUCUGUGUCUCCUGCUCCUUUUGUCAUUCAACUCUGGGGGGUUGCUGAAGUUGGCCAAUGGACAGGACAAAACAUGGUGUGUUGCGAAACCAUCCUCCAAUGACUCAGCACUUGCGUCCAACAUCAACUUUGCCUGUUCUCAACUUGGAACCCUGGGUUUGAGCUGCAACAUGAUACAACAAGCUGGAAUCUGCUACUACCCCAAUACUCUCAUCAACCAUGCAUCUGUAGUCAUGAAUUAUUACUACCAAGCCCUUGGCCGUCAGGUCUGGAACUGUGACUUUGGUGGCUCUGCUCUAAUCACUAUAUCUGAUCCAAGCUAUGGAAUCUGCCAGUAUGGAUGGGAGAUUUGAGAUGCAAGAUAUAUUUGAAGGUUUCCGGGUUUAGUCUGUAAUAAAAUGUAGCCAAAGUCUUUAUACUCCUUCCAUGGAUUUCUAUUUCGUCAAAUUUAUAUGUUUACAUCUAGGAGAUUAAAUUCUAUAUAACAGGUGCA